AGAGACCGGUAGAGUGAAGGAGGGAGAGACCGGUAGAGUGAAGGAGGGAGAGACCGGUAGAGUGAAGGAGGGAGAGACCGGUAGAGUGAACGAGGGAGAGAGCGGUAGAGUGAAGGAGGGAGAGACCGGUAGAGUGAAGGAGGGUGCGACGGAGAAGGUGACAGCAGAGGAGGCAGGUCCAGUUAGAGUCACGAAGGAUAGAGUCGGCAUGAAGGAGGAGAUGGAGAAUCCCCCAGUCCUCUCCUCUACACAACAGAGUCCCCCGCAGGAGGACCAACACAAACCAGAGAGCUGGAACAUCACCUGUCAGGACAGCAGUAGGAGUGACCUCCCUGAGAAGAGGAGAGAGGAGAAGUCACCGGGUAGUACCACCAGCGCCUGUGACCAUGGCAGUGGUCUUCCUGAGAGGAGUAGAGAGGAAGAGGAGGAGUCACCAGGUAGUACCAGCAGUGGUCUUCCUGAGAGGAGUAGAGAGGAAGAGGAGGAGUCACCGGGUAGUACCAGCAGUGGUCUUCCUGAGAGGAGUAGAGAGGAAGAGGAGGAGUCACCAGGUAGUACCAGCAGUGGUCUUCCUGAGAGGAGUAGAGAGGAAGAGGAGGAGUCACCAGGUAGUACCAGCAGUGGUCUUCCUGAGAGGAGUAGAGAGGAAGAGGAGGAGUCACCAGGUAGUACCAGCAGCGCCAGUGACCAUGGCAGUGGUCUUCCUGAGAGGAGUAGAGAGGAAGAGGAGGAGUCACCAGGUAGUACCAGCAGUGGUCUUCCUGAGAGGAGUAGAGAGGAAGAGGAGGAGUCACCAGGUAGUACCAGCAGUGGUCUUCCUGAGAGGAGUAGAGAGGAAGAGGAGGAGACAGCAGGCAGCAGCAAGGACAGUAGCAGAGUGUCAGCCAGGAAUAGCCCUUCCCACCCCUGCAGAACCAGGAGAGGCAGCAAGUCCCAGCCAGGCUGCAGCAGCCAGGUGGUGGUGGGGAGGAGCAGCGAGGCUGGGAGGUCCAGGAGGAGCAUCGUCCCUCCCCAGCGGUUCUCCUCCUACGUCACAGAGCCCAGGAUGAUGUAUUCUGCUGCCUGUUUCUCAGAGAGGAUCAUCUCCGCCCAGAGGACGCCAAAGGAUCGGCAACCACUCAAUGCCCCCAACACCAAUCGCACAGACUCCCCGUCCUCGGCCACAGACACGGCUGAGGGGUUGGGCGAAGCAAGAGAAGAGGAAUUACCGCUAGCAUCCAGUCCUGAGGAUGUCAGUCAGGAGAGGAUGGGAGGCAGAGGCUGUAGAUCAACAGCAAGAGGUCAGAGUUCAGACCGUGAGUCACAGAGACGAGGUCAGGUGAUUCCCGUCACUGCAGCUUCCUCUGAGCAGCAGAGUCCCCUUAAACAGCGCUCCCAGAACAGGGCAGACGUGAGGCUCAGAGCAGCCAAACCUUUUGGGCGCUUACGCUCCUCCCACUCUGCCCAACAGUCCCAACCAGCGAGCCCUCAGACAGCCUCCAGGCCAGAGGUCCCCACAGGGCAGCCUCAGUACAUCAGCCCCAUCAAGCUGAUGUUUGUGUCUGCAGUAGUGGGUGAGGAGGGGGUGAGGUACACCCUGAAGGCGGCUGCACCAGGAUCCAGCUGGCAUGGACAGGAGACCUUUGACCCCUGUGAGGAGUCAUCGUGGGCUGGAAGUCCAGAGAAGUCCCCAGAGAAGACCAGGAGUACCCUCCAGACCAGGAGUCCACCGAAGACCAGGAGUCCCCUCCAGACCAGGAGUCCACCGAAGACCAGGAGUCCCCUCCAGACCAGGAGUCCCCUCCAGACCAGGAGUCCCCUCCAGACCAGGAGUCCACCGAAGACCAGGAGUCCCCUCCAGACCAGGAGUCCACCCCAGACCAGGAGUCCACCGAAGACCAGGAUUCCCCUCCAGACCAGGAGUCCACCCCAGACCAGGAGUCCACCCAAGAACACCAUAUCGUCAUCACCAAAGCUGUGUGGAACGACGAGAGGAGGAGAGGGGGGUAGCCCGCCAAAACGGUCUCCUGGGUUCCAGAACGGAGACGGCUCGCCUCCUUUUCGUGAAACCACCCCCACAAAGAGACGUCCGGGACGUCCCAAGAAACUGGGCCCCCAGCUGGAGAAGAGGGCCAAGAGGCCGAUUGGCCGCCCGCCCAAGCAAAGGGGUGUAGAGCCGAGCUGUGGCUCCAGGCAGGGUGGUCAGGACCGGUCCAGUGGAGUUCCCUUAGGCUGCAGCACCGGGGAGGAGGGCAACGAGGAGAGAGACCCAGCCAACAGGAACCUGAAGAUCACCGUGGUGUACGGACGCUCCCACAGGACCAAGAGGACAGUGUCGGAGGAGGCUGCUUGUCUCCAGGCUACAGAGCAGCUGAUGGAUCUGAACUUCGUCAGACCGGUGAAGGAGAAGAGGUUCGCUCCCCACGCCAGCAGCAACAUUAUCAAGUGCCAGAAGCUGCAGUGUACCGCGGCCAUGCGUCGUCCAGGGAGACCCGCCAAGGUCAAGAUCUCCGGAAUCUCCGUUACCGUCACCACCACGUCGCCGGGGAAACGCAAGAUCCACAUGAACCGGGACACAGCCAGGAAAUCUCCGGAGAAGCUCUGUCAGCGGAAAGCCCUCCUUCCUGAACCCCAGCCUUCCAAAGAGCCCAGGAAAAUCAGCAGCACGCCAACUAGCGAGGACGCCACUCUGAUGCAGAUAGAGAGAACGACAGAGUCCAAGGAUGGAGCGAGGGAGCGACAGACCCAGACUCCUCCUGUGUUGGCGGUGCGUCACUCUGUGAGGGUGAGGAAGCCUUCAGUGUACCUGCUUCACUCUGUAGCCACCUCCACCUCUAGGUCCCUGAGCCACAGUACCGCCCUGCUGCGCCGAUCCAGACAGCUACUGAUCAACAGGGCCAGCAGCAAGGGCAGCCAUCGCAAGAGGAAGGAGGAGGGAAGAGAGGACACCCCAGGGCAGGAGGAGCUGCUCUCCGGGAGGGAGGAGAGGAGGAGCGAGGGAAGAGGAGGGGUGUUGUGUGAGGACCUGAGCCAGGUAGCAGGGGUUUCGGUAGACUCCAUUUUCCCAGCCAGCUCCAGCGAGGCGUUGAGGUGGUGGCCCAUCUCCUCCGACCAGGACAGCCUGAACCAAGAGCUGGCUCGCAGGAUCCGCCUCAUAUCCCAAAGCUGGGUCGCUGCCGCUACCACCCACACCACCAGGACGGGGACGAUCAUGUCCGCCAAGCAGAGACUCGACGACGACUCUUUGUCCUCCUGGAAGCCAGAGGUUGGGUCGGCAGUGCGGCUGCUGUUUGACCGGCGCUGCAGCGUGGAGAGGCUGGCCUCCUGGUUCAUGCAGACCACUGAGACUCAGUCUCUGGGCAUUGUAAAGAAGACCAGCUCCCGAAACCCCUAUGAGCUCCUGCACUACCCCCGGAACACCAGCAGGGAGAGCGUCUUUCCCAGCCCACAAACCAUGCGACUACGCAAACACAUCAAGAAGUUUGCCAAAGCUGUGCCGAAGAGCCCCGCCCAGCUCCGUCUGGCCCAGGAACGGCUCCGACGUGGAAGAGAGCUGAAUGCCAGGCGGCGUCUGUUCACUACCAGGCCGGCGUCUGGCGGGCUGCGUCUCAGAGCUCCUUGGAGGAAGGUCAGGGCCCUCGGGACAUACAGAACCACUCUGCUCAGAGUAAGAGAAAAGUUCCUCACCUGGACCCUCAGAGCCAAGCAGCCCAACAGGCUGAUCUGGAGGAGAAGCCUGGUGGAGGAAGGCAACUCACCUCACCAGGUCUGGCCUUCUGCCCAGCCCAGGGAAGAGCUCACCAGGUCUCCACAUCACCACUGUCUACCUGCCUCCUCAGAGACCAGUCAUCCCUGCAGCCCCAACCGGCUGACAGGCCUCACCAAACAGCAGCGUCUCAGCUCUAAAGCCUGGAGUCCAGAGAGACUGAAGGAGUGUUGCGUGUUCCUCAAGAAGAUCAACUCCCCCGACACAGAGUCCACCGUUGAGAAGGAGUGGGAUGUCUGCACCGUCAAUCUAGAUGACACAUACUGCCCCGACGAGACCAGACAGGAGGAGAGGAGCGGAGAGGACGACAAAGCUGUGAAAACGGAGAGAAGGAAGAGGAGAGUUCCCUGGAACGAGUCUAGUGGCUCGCCGCAGGAGGUGAUGGUUCAGGAGCACAACCAGGUCCGAGCCGGGAACAGGAGAGGCAAACAGAAACAUUCAGGGAAGGCCACGAGCCAAUCACCGACCACGCCGCCAGCAAAAGCCACGAGCCAAUCCCCGACUCAGACGCCAGCGAAAGCCACGAGCCAAUCCCUGACCCCGCCGCCAGCGAAAGCCGCGAGCCAAUCACCGACCCCGCCGCCAGCGGAAGCCGCGAGCCAAUCACCGACCCCGCCGCCAGCGGAAGCCACGAGCCAAUCACCGACCCCGCCGCCAGCGGAAGCCACGAGCCAAUCACCGACCCCGCCGCCAGCGGAAGCCACGAGCCAAUCACCGACCCCGCCGCCAGCGGAAGCCACGAGCCAAUCACCGACCCCGCCGCCAACGAAAGUCAUGAGAAAAUCGCGUGGGAGGGGCCUGACCGGGCCGCGGUGGCGUGACUUUAUACUGGGAACCUGACUGUCCUCCGUCCCGUCUCCACGGCGACUGUGUUGUAACUGUAUUGGCGGGACGCUCCUCCCUCCGUCUCCACGGUGACUGCGUGUAAACAACUCGGUGCCUUCAGACUGCCCCUUGGCAUUAUGUAGCAGAAGGAAAAGUUUAACCAGAAGAAGCUUACCAUUGCACUAUUUUUUAAACUAUUCAGCCCCCCCCCCACACACACACACAGCCUGCUUUUAAAAAACCAAACUGUGUAUAUGUUUGUACAGAAUGUUUUUAAAACUUUGACACACCUUUCUUCUGCCUUGUCUGAUACAACUACCAACCCAUCAAGUUCUGUUGUAAUGAGCCUGGAGGCCUGUUUGGGCGAGUACACAUUCAAACACUGCGUCUACAAUGGCACCCUAUUCCCUAUAUAGUGCACUACUUUAGACCACAGCCCUAUGACACCCUAUUCCCUAUAUAUAGGGCACUAUUUUAGA